AUGGCCCGGAUGAUUGAUAUUGGGGGCAACAGUGGAGGAAUUCUCAACUUUGAGGGUUCCCAUAUCGCGUUCAUGUUAUGCAUGAUUGUGGUGUCUAUGUCGGUCUUGUCGAUGAUUAUAUUUGCUUGUGCUGACUCUGGUGAUCAUAAAUCCGAUAAGAAACAUCGCCGCAAAAAUCACGCUUUCGGUUUUGGUGGCAUAGCAGGUGCCGCUAGUAGUGGUGGAGGAGGCGGUGGCGGUGGUGGUGGUUGUGGUGGUGGUGGUGGUUGUUAA